AUGUCUCGUUUAGAUGCUAAAAAGCCAUCAUUGUGUAAGAGUGAACCACUGACAAGUGAGAGAGUCAGGACCACACUUUCUGUCUUGAAAAGAAUCGUAACAUCGUGCUAUGGCCCUUCAGGUAGGCUGAAGCAGCUGCACAAUGGCUCUGGAGGUUACGUGUGCACAACCUCACAGUCCUCAGCCCUGCUCAGUCACCUUUCGGUCACACAUCCCAUAUUAAAGAUCCUGACAGCCUCCGUGCAGAAUCACGUGUCAAGCUUCAGUGAUUGUGGCUUAUUCACAGCCAUUCUUUGCUGCAACCUGAUUGAAAAUGUUCAAAGAUUAGGCUUGACACCCACCUCUGUCAUUAGAUUAAAUACACAUCUUUUGAGUCUCUGCAUCAGUUAUCUCAAGUCUGAGACCUGUGGUUGUCGAAUCCCAGUCGACUUCAGUAGUACUCAGAUCCUCCUUUGUUUGGUGCGCAGUAUAUUAACCAGUAAACCUGCCUGUACACUCACCAGAGCAGAAACAGAGCACAUCAGUGCUUUGAUUCUGAGAGCCUUUUUGCUUACAAUUCCAGAAAAUGCUGAAGGCCACAUCAUUUUAGGAAAGUGUUUAAUUGUACCUUUAAAAGGUCAAAGAGUUAUAGAUUCCACUGUAUUACCUGGGAUACUCAUUGAAAUGUCGGAUGUUCAAUUAAUGAGGUUAUUACCUAUCAAAAAAUCAGCUGCCCUCAAGGUGGCACUGUUCUGUACAACUUUAUCCGGAGACAUUUCUGACACUGGAGAAGGAACUGUGGUGCUCAGUUAUGGGGUUUCUCUUGAAAAUGCAGUCCUGGACCAGCUGCUUAACCUAGGAAGGCAGCUAGUCAGUGACCACGUAGAUCUUGUCCUCUGCCAAAAAGUAAUACAUCCGUCUUUGAAGCAGUUUCUCAAUAUGCAUCGUGUUAUUGCCAUAGACAGAAUUGGAGUGACUCUGAUGGAACCCCUGACUAAAAUGACAGGAACACAGCCUAUUGGGUCCCUAGGCUCAAUAUCUCCUAACAGUUACGGAAGUGUGAAAGACGUGUGCACUGCAAAAUUUGGCUCCAAACAUUUUGUUCAUCUCAUUCCUAAUGAAGCAACAAUCUGCAGCUUACUUCUCUGCAACAGAAAUGACGCUGCCUGGGAUGAGCUGAAGCUCACAUGUCAGGCGGCACUGCAUGUCCUGCAAUUAACCCUCAAGGAACCAUGGGCUUUGUUGGGAGGUGGCUGUACUGAAACUCAUUUGGCUGCAUACAUCAGACACAAGACUCACAACAACCCAGAAAGCAUUCUCAAAGACGAUGAAUGUACUCAAACAGAACUUCAGCUAAUUGCUGAAGCAUUUUGCAGUGCUCUCGAAUCUGUUGUUGGCUCUUUAGAACAUGAUGGAGGUGAAAUUCUCACUGACAUGAAGUAUGGACACCUUUGGUCGGUUCAAGCAGAUUCUCCCUGCCUUGUAAACUGGCCAGAUUUGCUUUCACAGUGUGGCUGUGGAUUAUACAAUAGCCGGGAAGAACUCAGCUGGUCUUUCUUAAGAAGUACACAUCAUCCUUUUGUGCCACAAACCUGCCUUUCACAUGAAGCUGUAGGCUCAGUAAGCAACCUGACCUUGGACUGUUUGACUGCUAAGCUUAGUGGCCUACAGGUGGCUGUAGAGACAGCCAAUUUGAUUUUGGAUCUUUCAUAUGUUAUUGAAGAUACAAACUAAGAGAAUAGCAUGUUUGUAUUACAAAAGAAACAAACUAGUCUGGUGUCAAUUAAGAAAAAUUGUGAGUGUAUUUAUUCUCUCCCAAAGGCCUAUUCUACGUAUUUGGACAAAUGACUCAUAAAAUUAUAGAUAAACUUAUUUAGGAAAAAAGAUGAUUCGUGAAUAUAAAUGCCAUAAAAUAAUAAAAAUACAAAGAAUUAUUUAUUUUAAAAUAUUGUAGUUAUCUUAGGGAUUCUAAGUGGCUGCUGUACAUUUUUCUAAAUUUUUGUUAUUAUUUUGACAUCAAUUUUGAGAACAAACAGAAAUAAAAAAGACUUCUAAUCCAUGCUCCA